GCGCCCACAAUUCUUGGCUCUUUGCGACUGCGCCGGUUUCAAUUUUUUUCUAUACUUGGGUACAUAUAAAUCUAUAUUUAUGUACUUGUGUUUGUGUAGUGUUUUGUUUAUGUGACAGCUAAUGCGGCACUCAAAGUUUAGUGAGUAGUGAGUGACAUUUGACGUGUUGACUCUGGCCAACCCGCCAGACUGCAUUAAGUGAACUCAUCGUCUCCUCAUUUGCUUUAAUAAUAUUUGGUUUGUUUUGAUUUGUUGCUGCAUUCCAAUAAAAUCAUUCCAAACGCUGGUUCGUACUUAAAGCGCACUAAAAAUUCUCCCAUCACAACAUCAACUCUGCGCCAGCAAUGGAAUUAAAAUGCACCGACGACGAGAUGCCAGCUGCUUUCCCAUUAGGGCAGCACGCAAGCGAUGACCAAGCGCAGCCAACGUUGCAGCUUGCGCAAUUUCAGAGCACCAAAGAAAAAUUGCAUCAAUUGAAGCAGAUGAUGGAUCAUUUGGAGGAGGGUGUUUGUGAUGAUGAGGGCGCGCAUUUGCUUGGAAGUAAUCAGCAGCCGCAAGUAAAACAACAGGAAGGCAAAGGGCAAAUGAAACAAAAUCAUAAGCUUAAACAUAAUGCGCAACAACAGCAACAAGAAGAAAACUUAAUAGCACCAGAACAAGGGAUAGCCGCUGCAUUCUUUGAAAAUUCAGCUGGAGUUGGUGGCAGCGAUGGUGUGAAAAGCUUGGCUAUUGGCGGUGAACACGAAGGAGUUGGUGCGAAACAGGAAGCCACAGAGGGACGCCCGAAACAGGAGUUUCCAACAAAAAUGACACAAUAUGGCAAUACAAUGGCCGUUCAAACGUUGGAUGCACAGCGAGUACCGGACCACAGCCACAAUUACACAGCGGAAGAUAAAAGCGAGCCAACCUCAUUAAAUGCAACAACAAUGGCUAACGCAAAUGUAGAAGGUGCGACAGCAUUCAGCGCUGGAGGUGACAAUGGCGGUGGUGGACUUGAAGGACAGUCGCAUCAUGACUACAAAGGGCCUAGAAUCUGGCGCAUUUUGGUUCAAUAUUGGCCCUUCAUCUCCCAGCCGUUGGCUUUGGCAGCGGUCUGCAUUGGUUUGUGGAUUAUCGCUUUUGUGCUGCUGCCUGAUUAUGCACGGCCACAUACAGCAAUUAUGCGCAUAUUCUUUCUAUUUGUGGGUGCACAGUUGAGCGGCGUACUGGUGACCUUCAUUUGCCUGCCGGAUAUGCUGGGUAUGUUGUUCUUCGGUGUCUUGUACACGAAUGUGGGGCUGGCCAAUUUUGCGGGAUAUGAGAAAUUCGAGGCCUUCUUAAGGGAGAUGGCGCUCAUCAAUAUUAUGUUGCUGGCUGGCCUUGGCCUCGAUGCGAAUGCCUUCAAGAAGCUGUGGCUUAUGAUUUUGCGCCUAACUCUGAUACCAACCAUCGCUGAGGUGGCAGUUAUAGCAGUUAUUGCAAGAUACACACUGGCUAUGCCUUGGUUUUGGGGCAUUUUAUUGGGACUUGUCGUCACCGCCGUCUCUCCGAAUGUCGUCGUCACUGUGAUGCUGAAGUUGAAGGAGGAGCGGCUGGGCCUGAAUAGCGGCAUACACACAUUAAUAUACGCCAUGACCAGCUGCAAUGACGUCGUCGCCAUUUUUCUCUUUGGCGUCAUUAUGAGCGUCAUCUUUUCGACGGAUAAAUCGUUGACGCAGCAAAUACUGCAGGGACCCAUCGGCAUCGGCAUUGGGAUUGUAUUUGGCUAUGUUUAUGGACUGAUGCUGACCAUUUUGCCAUCCACAAAGACGCUCUACCUCAAUGGCUUGCGCUUUGUUUUGACCAUCUUGGGCGGCACCAUAUCGGUGAUGGGCAGUCGUGCCAUUGGUUAUCCCUCAGCUGGCGCACUUGGCUGCAUGACAAUCGCAUUUUUUGCCGGCAUCGGUUGGAAGCGCCAGCAACGGCAACUCACUGCCCAGCAACGUCAAAGUCAGUUGGAUAAUGAAAUCUCAUCGGUACCCGCGCGUCUUGACCUUUUGUGGAAAUUCCUGAAGCCUGUCUCAUUCUCGCUCAUCGGCAAAGAAAUUAAUUUCGCUGUGUUGGAUGGCCGAGUCGUCGGCUACGGUGCACUGCUGGUGCUGCUCGGAAGUUUGUUCCGUUUGGCAUUCGCCUACCUGUCUACCUAUGGCGGCAAUCUGACGCAGAAAGAGCGCGCCUACAUUACAAUUUCCGGUUUUCCCAAGGCAACUGUCCAAGCUGCGCUCGGUCCACUCGCACUCGACAUGGCCAGAUCAUUAAGCGUCGUCGAUGAACAAAGCAUUGCCUUGGCCAACAAUGUGCUUAUCAUUUCAGUUUUGGCCAUCAUCUUCACCGCACCGCUGGGAGCAGUGCUCAUGUUGAGAUUAGCGCCAAUCUGGCUACAACGCAGCGAUGCCAACGAUGGGAACAAUGCGGAUGAUGAUGUUUACAAAAGCAACAACAGCAACAACGGCGGCGGUAGCAAUGGUGAUUUGAAGAAUGUUUCAAAGAAAAACCCACAAAGUCUUAGCCACAUAGGAGGUAAUAUUCAAAACAACAGCAGCAGCAGGAGUCUCAAUGCGAUAGAAGCCGCCGAUGCGAGUAAUGUUGGCGGUGCGGAUGUUAGUAUCCAUGUUGAUACGACUCCGCCACUGCCACAGGCGAGGGAGGAGACUAAGCAAUCCCAUAAUUUGGUUUGACUCCAAUUAACAAUGCGAAUAAAUUGGUGGCUCACACAGCUUGAAGCACCAAUGGUCGGUGGAAA